AUGGUCCCGGCCCGGGGGGCACCGGGGGGCGGCGGGGGGCACCGGGAGGGGCGGUGCCGCUGCCGGCGGUCCCGUUCCCGGGGGUGCUCCCGUUACCGGGGGGGGCGGAGGGGCCGGGCCGGGGCGGCCAUGGCGGCCAUGGCGCCGGAACCGGAAGUUGGUGGGCGGGGCCUCGCCCAUAAAAGGAGCGGUCGCUGCGGGGAGAGGAGGGGCGUUGGCCCCGCCCACCGCGCGGAGCGGACCAAUCAGAACGCGCCGCCCGGGCAUGGAGACAGCUGGGCGCGCCCCGGGGAGGGGGCGUGGCCGAGCGCGGGCGGCGCGGCGCGAUUGGCUGCGCGCUGGCCAAUGGGAAGGGAGAGCGCGGCGGAACCGGGGCUGACCCUGCCCGGCCGGGGAGGCCCCUCCGGGGCGGCGCUUCCUCAGGAAACCCCCGGCCACGCCAGCGCCGCCAGUGUCCCCGCCGCCAGCGCCGCCAGUGUCACCGCCAGCGCCGCCGGUGUCACCGCCAGCACCGCCGGUGUCCCCCUCGCCGCCGCCGCCAGCGCCACCGGAGCCACCGGCGCCCGCCUGCCGCGUCCCCGCCGGUGCCAGCCCGCUGUCCGGUGCCAUCCCGCUGUCUGUCCGGUGCCAUCCCUCUGUCUGUCCGGUGCCACCCCGCUGUCCCCGCGCCCUCCGGUGUCCCCGGUGCCCCCCCCGGCGAUGCCGCUGCUCCGGAGACCCCCGGGCGGGGCGGCGGAGGGGGGCCCGGAGGACGGGGACCCCUUCGCCGCCAACCCCGAGGGUCGCCGCCGGCGCCGCGCCACCCUGGGCGGGCUGGUGGGGCUGGGGGGCCAGCUGGGCCAGCUCGGGGGCCACCUGGGCCAGCUCGGGGGCCAGCUGGGCCAGCUGGGGGGGCCCUUCGGGCGCGGCCGCCGCCCCCCCCGCGACCCCGCGGGGCCCCGCGGGCGCCGCCGCUCCGAGGACUCGGGGGUCCCGCGGAGACCCCCGGAGGAGGCGGGCGGGGGCAAGCGGGGGUCGCUGCUGCGGCUGGCCCUGGCGACGUGGGGACAGCGCGGCGGCACCGAGAGGGCGUCGCCGGUGGAGGGACAGGCGGGGGACGGCGCGGACGGAGCGGGAGCGCGGCCCGAGAGCGGCGGGAGGGACAAGGACAAGGACGGGGACAGGGACAGGGACAGGGAGCCGCUGUCGGUGCUGGAGAUCCUGGAGCUGAUCCAGCGGCGGGAGCUGGUGGCGGCGGACGCGCAGAUCAUCGCGCUGGAGGCCGAGUGCGCGCUGUCGCCGUCGCGCCCGCCGUCCCCGUGCCCCCUCCCCGCGCCCCCCUCCGCGGGGACCCCGCCGCCGUCGCCGGUGCCGGCGGGCGGGCGGCGGGCGCGGGACGUGGCGCUGCUCUACCGGGCGCUGCUGGCGCAGCUCUGGGCCGUGGUGGGCGAGGCGGUGGCCGCGGGGCGAGCGGUGGCCCCGCUGCGCGCCGUGGUGGCCGUGCUGGAGCAGGAGGAGGCGGCGGACGCGCGGAGCCCGCCCGGGACCCACCCGGGGCGGCCGCGGGGGCUGCGGCGCCGCUGGCACGAGGCGGUGGCCAGGGCGGCGAGCGAGCGGCUGGCGCAGGUGGCCCCGGCGGGCGGGCUGGGGGCCCGGCUGGCCGCGCUGGCCGCCAGGGUGGUGGGCGACCUGGGGGUCGUGCGGAGCCACGUGGCGCCCGCGUACCCCCCCGAGUACGGCGCGCUCGGGGUCUACGCCCGCGGCUACCACCGAGCGCUGGCCCAGCAGCUGCGGGCGCUGGCCCAGAGGCCCCUGGCCGUGCCCGACCUGUACCUGCUGCUCGACUGGCACAGCAACGCCUACCCCAGGGAGGUUUUGGGGCACCCCGAGGUGGGGGCGCUGCUGCGGGCACAGGAGUUGGGGCCCCUGCUGCCCCCCGAGACCCAGCGCGACCUCGAGAGCUCCUGCAUCGCCGCCGUCAAGGCCAAGGUGGAGGUGGCCGUGGCGCAGGAGCUGCAGCUCAGCGAGGACACGUGGCCCGAGGAUGUCACCAGCCAGGACAUGGAGGAGGGGCUGGCCACGCGCGUCACCGGGCUCAGGGGACACCACGGCCGUGUCCCCACACCCGCGGUGGCCGUGUCCCCACAGCUGCUGCGGGCGCACGUGGACCGAGCCCCCCAGGUGACCCCCGAGUUCGGGCGGGAGAUGGCCCACAGCCUGCUGGGCGUGCUGGUGGCCUUCCUGCACAGUUUCCAGCGGAAGGUGGAGCGGUUCCUGGAAGCCCCCGGCGAGCUCCCCCCGCCCGACGGCGCCCCCGGCCGCGCCAUCGCCUUGGCCAACUGCUGCCCCCCCUUCAGGGCCUUCGCCGAGCGGCUGGCGCAGUUCGGGCACCCCGAGAGCGAGGAGCCGCGGCGCCAGGCCCACGCCGCGCUGGACCGGGUCACCCGCGCCUGCGGCCACCUCCUCACGCGGCGCCUCUUCGAGGACCUCAAGCCCCACUUUGGCAAGCUGAUGAAGCGCAAGUGGCUGACGAGCUCGGACGCCUUCGACGCCAUCGUGAUGCUCAUCACCGGCUUCGCGCAGACGCUGCGCCCGCUGCACCCCGAGCCCCACCAGGUGCUGGUCAGCGAGCUGCACCGCCGCGUGCUCAUCGAGUACGUGCGGCCGCUGCUGCAGGGGCGCCUGGUCUGCGCCUCGGCCAAGGCGCGCGCCCGCGUGGCCGCCCGGCUGGGCGACGAGGCCCGGCAGCUCCGCGAGCUCUUCACGCGCCUGGACUCGGCGUCGCCCUGGCUGGACUCGGUGGUGCCGCGGCUGCGGGAGCUGCUGGUGCUGGAGGACACGGCCGCGCUGCAGAUGGAGGUCGGCGCCCUGGCCAGGGACUUCCCCGACGUCCGGCGGCGGCACGUGGCCGCGCUGCUGGACGCGCGGGGGCUGCGGGCGCAGGGCCCCCGGCGCGAGAUCCUGGGGGUGCUGCAGGAUCUGGGGGGGUCGGAGGCCGAGCCGGGGCCGCCCCCCCCGCCCCGGCACCGGACGUUCUUCUCGGAGCUGCCGGCGCCGCGCCCCGUGCGCUGCCUCCCGUUCCACCUGCCCCGGCUGCGCCUGCCGCGCCGCAGCCCCGCCAGGACCCCCCCGUGACCCCCCCCGGGACCCCCAGAACCGCCGGG